AUGUAUGUGAUACUAUUUCAAACUCCGGAAACCAUGAAUUCUGUGAAGUGGUAUCUAGCAAGUCUGCACAUCUCCACAGUUCUCUUUGACUAUUCUAUCAGUAUUAUGAUUCUUCCUGUUAUAAUGUUCCCUGAAUUCGCUGGUUAUCCACUCGGAAUAUUUCGUCUCGUCAGUGAAGAUUACUAUGUGUAUCCAGUAGUUUUGACAAUAUUUUUCAUGGGAUGUGUACUUGUAUCCAUUAUAGCUAUUUUUGAAAAACAGUUCUAUACACUGUGUUCAUUUUCUGAGAAAGCGAAAUGGGGAUCAUUCCGACGUCCAUGGCUGAUAGGUCACUGCAUUCUCACUACUGGAUCUUGUAUCUCUUUCGGUUGCUUUGUUCCAGAACAGACGAGUGCUCGGAAAAUCGUUUUUCUGAAACUUCCACGCCUACCCGACUACAUUUAUGAGAUCCCAAUAUUCGUUUUCACCGAUGACGGGUCUUAUCACCUAACCGUGUUUCUGAUUCUCAUCCCAUUCACUUGCAUCGAGAUCUCAAUAUUUGUCAUUUCAAUCAUCCGGACCAUAUCAAAACUUUUAAACAUUUCCAAAAUGUCUAGAAAAUCUUAUCGACUUCAAAAAAUCGUUUUCAUCGCUCUAGUCAUCCAGACCGGUCUGCCAUUGAUCACACUAAUAGUUCCAUUUGUAUAUUCCUGGAUAUCAAUUCUAUGGAGAUAUUACAAUCAGGGUCUUAUGAAUAUCGCAGUUAUAGUCACAACUAUUCACGGAUUGUCUUCCACACUAGUCAUGCUUCUUGUGCACCGCCCGUAUCGAGACAGAUUGCUGGCAGUGUUUUGUUUCGAGAGGGAUCUUCAAAAAAAUCUGCUCACCUCCAUUGUUGCCGUUUUUGAGAAUCGUUUCUAUGUUGUUUGUUCCUUCUCUGGAAAAGAAUCCUGGAAGUAUUGGAGACGUUACUGGCUCGCCGGACAUUACAUUGCCACUUUUUUCAUUGUUCUCUCACUUUUAGCAGUAGUUCCUGAGCAGAAAUCUGCGAGACAACGUCUUUUAGAAAAAAUUCCAUGUGUAGAGCGUUAUGCCUAUGAAGAAGAAUUACUUGUGUUUGCAGAGGAUCCGCUGCUUUGUUUUAUCUUGUGUGUGGUAGUUACUAUUGUUAUUGCACUUCUUGGUGUAGCAACUCGUAUCUGUGAAACUUCUGAGAUUCUCGAUCUUCGAAAUAAAGCGAACACAACUUCCCGAUAA